AUGUAUAAAAGUAACCUAGACUCCAUCCUUAACCAAGACCUUGGUCUUGCUAGGUUUAGGAAUAUGUAGAGUAUGUCAACCACAGAUAAUGUUCACUAAGUUCAAAAGACCAACUCAAAUGCACUCAAUUAAUCUAUCAAAAAAUUUGCUCAGCCAUACUAUACCAGUGAUUAGGUUUAGGAGUUUGCGAGCAAUAACACUAAUGGGGCAAUUUCACUCAAGAUAGGCGAUUAAAUGCAGUAAAAUGCAUCUUACCAAGUUGAAUUUAAAAGAAAACUUGGAAUAACUUACCUCCAUGAAAUUUGCAAGAAUCACAGCCAGGGAUAAAUUCCCCAAUUAAAAGAUUUAAUCACCACAUACCUUCUAACUAUGCUGGAGAAAAUGUUGGAAAUGGGAGAUUUAAUAACUGCAGUAAUUUUAAAAGAGGUUUUUAGCCAUUGCCUGGGCCUAGGCUUGAUGAAUAUGCAUGUGAAGAUGAGACUAAGACCUGGAGAAGAAGAAUAAUAAGUUAUUUCUAUCAAUCCAACUAUUUAAAACGCCUAUGAUAAGAUUAUUAGAGAAAACGAAAGCAAAGAGUAUGAUGACAAUGGAGACUUAGUUAACUGCAAUCCCGACGAUGAGAUGUAUGAAGGUGAAGAUCACUAUAAAGCUUAUAACCUAGAAAAAGAAGGAGGAUUUAAUGAAUAUAGAGAUAAGUAGUUCCCGUGGGAUUCAUAAAUCGUAGAAAUCAAUCAGAAAGUCUUCAAAAAUAAGAUAUUUCUGGAAAAUUAAAGAGAAGUUAUCAAUGCAGCAUUAUCAGGAAAGGAUGUGAUGGCUUUAAUCCCAACUGGAGGAGGUAAAAGUUUAACUUUUUAACUAACAGCCCUCAUGAACAAUGGCUAUACUUUUGUUAUAAUGCCCUUAAUUUCACUUAUUGAAGAUUAGAUAGAGUCAUUGAAAUAACUCAGAAUAAAAUGUGUGCAGUUCUCAUCCAAGUUUUCUAAAAAAGAAAAGCAAACUUAAUUUUACGCUGAUUUAUUAGCAGGUAGUGAUCCUCAUAUGAAGCUUAUAUAUCUGACUCCUGAGAAGUUGGUCUAAUCAAAGUCCUUUAUUAAUGUCCUAGAUAAACUUUACUCUGAAAAUAGAAUAGCAAGAUUCAUUAUUGAUGAAGUUCAUUGUGUGAGUCAUUGGGGUCAAGAUUUUAGGAAGGACUACAGAGAGCUUCAAAUUCUAAGAAUGAGAUAUGCUACAGUACCUAUGAUUGUUUUAACAGCAACUGCAACAAUUGCUGUGAAAUACGAUAUCGUAAAACAUUUAAAGCUUCCAAAUAUAGUUUUCUUUCAAUCUAGUUUUAACAGGCCAAACCUUCUCUAUGAGAUUAGAGAUAAAGCCAAAAUAAAAAAGAAUAUUGCUGAGGACAUCAUAAUGCUCUUAAGAGAUAGAAAGUAUGUAUAUUAAAGCGGUAUUAUCUAUUGUCUCUCGAGACAAGAGUGUGAGGAGUUAUGCGUUGAGUUAAGCGAAUAUGAUGUUAAAUGUGAUUUCUAUCAUGCAAAAAUGACUGAAGCUGAAAGGAAAAAUAUAUAACUAAAAUGGAUGAGAAAUGAAAUACAUAUUAUAAUUGCUACAAUCGCCUUUGGUCUUGGUAUUAAUAAAAAAGAUGUGAGAUUUGUGAUCCAUACUACUAUUCCUAAAAGUUUGGAAAACUAUGCUUAAGAAUGUGGAAGAGCUGGAAGAGAUGGUGAGAAUGCAAAUUGUAUCUUGUAUUAUUCCUAUGGCGAUAGAAAACGAUUAGAAUUUUUCAUUAUUUCGAACACUGAAAACACUGCUGGUAGAAAAAAUGAGAACUUGCAUGCCUUAUAUAAGAUACUUGAGUUUUGCGAAGAACCAUAUUUAUGUCAACAAGCAAGGUAUGUUGUAGCAAUGGUUGAAAGUGCAUUGAGGAAAAAAAUGGAUCUCACUGUCAUCUAAAUCUGUAAGUUUCUUCGUGGUAAAUAAUGUGUCAUGUCUAAUCCUAACAAAACAACAAAGAUGGAUGAGAUCAAGCAGUCUUACUAUGGAAGAUUAAGUGAGUACUCUGAGGAACUUAUAAAGAGAAUUGUCAUGAAAUUACUAAUCAAUAAAGUUUUAAAGGAAAAAUUCAACUCUUAUCAAGUGGAAUCUACCAUACUAGUGUAUCUUAUACCGGGAAGAAUGUUUGAUACCUUUAAAAAGGGUCAGGUCAGAAUAAUACUGACAGAUUGUAUUGAAAAGGAAACUGAAAAUGAGUAUAUGAAACUCAAAAAGAAAGAAAAUCAGGAUUUAAAGAAGAGGUACAAAAAUGCCAAUGGAGAUGAUGAAAAAGAAGUCUAAAAUGAUGAAAAGAUCAAAAAGAAGAAAAAGCCAGGCAGGAAAACUUUGGAAGAUUAACUAAUUGAUGACUAGAAUUAAUUAGAAUAUACAAAACUCGAUUAAAUAAAAGUUAAGUCAAUAUUACCUGAGGAGUAAAAAGAGGAAAUAUCUUAGAGACUCGAAAUAAUCAGAUAGAAAUUACUUUCUAAGGCUUAAGGAAAGAUUUUCUUCCUAAUCAAUCAUAUCUUCACUAAUGAUUUCAUUCAGAUUAUGACAUUCAUUUUACCGCAAGCAACUGAAGAUCUUUUGGACAAUGAAUUACUUGAUUUAUCAAAUGACAAUAAGAAAUUUCUUAAAAGGUAUUUAGAGAUCUUCUUAAAUGAAAUUCGGUACUUUAUUAAGUUAUAUCAUCUAGAAGAGAUUAUAAAAAAUAGAGGGGGUGUCGCCUAUUAAUUGAUGAAAGAAAGCUCCCCUAGUAAGUCAGAUGAAAAUGGUGGUUUAACAAAAUUUUCAAAUUGCUUAGGAGUAACUAAGAUCAAGAAAGAAGAUAAAUUUAGCGCUUUCAGUAAACAACAUGAGGAUGAAAAAAUGUAAUAGAUAAAGGAGGCAAUAGAUAAGGUUGAUAAAGGAAAUGUAUCAGAUAUGGAUAUCUAAGAAGUUAAACAGUAAAAUUAAACAAUUCAGCCAAUAAAGAAGCAUAUGCUCAAAAGAAAAGCAUUUAUCAUUAAUCCAAGAUAAAACAAUUAAAAAAGCAAACUAAAAAAAAAUCAUGUAGGUGAUAAAAGAUAGUUUGAAGAUUCUGGAACACAUAGGGAUUAUGGCUUCAGUGACGGGGAGAAGUAAGCAAAUUAGCUGCAGCAGUCUGUCUAGUAUUAGGAUGGAUCAUUCAAAUGGGUUGAUGAGGAUAUACCUUAACCAGGCAAAGGCUAAAUUCUUGUUGAAGUGCAAUAUUCUACUAUCAAUCCUUAUGAUAGAAUAAUAUUUGGUGUCAAUAAGGAAGAGGGCUUUGUUAUGGGCGCAGAUGGCUGUGGUUUUGUCAGAAAAGUGGGAGAUGACGUGGAUCAGAAUUUGAUUGGUAGCCUCGUUUCUUUUACCAGAGGUGGUUGGAGUAGAUACGCCAUCAAGGAUAUUGCUUAGGUUAUUCUAUAUUAGAAUAAUGAAGGCUUUGAUCCAAGAAACGCUGCAAAUGCUUAUGUGAAUCCAUUGACUGCUUGUGGAUUGAUAGAUUUUGCUAAGAAGCACAAUGCUAGAGCUGUAGUCAUUCUUGCUGCUUCCUCUCAGUUGGCGAAAUAAAUGAUCAAGCUUUGUAGGUAAGAGGGACUAGAAACAGUAAAUAUUGUGAGAAAAGAUGAGUAUGUCAAAGAUUUAAGGGAAAACUACGGAGCUAAAUAUGUUCUUAAUUAAGAAAGUCCAGAAUUUUUGAAAGACCUAGAACCCAUAUUGAAAGAUACUUAAGCAACAAUACUUUUUGAAUGCUUAGGAGGGGAUCUCCCAGGAGAUAUCUUUGCUAAAAUGGUUCCAAAGAGUUGGAUGAUAGUUUAUGGCACAUUAACAAAGAAACGGCCAAGCUUUGAUGCUUACGAUUUUAGAUGGAAUGAUAAAAACAUCACUUCCUUUGUAUUAAACAGAUGGCUAGCAUCACUUGAGCCAGAAAGAAGCUAUGGAGGAGUCUGA